GGUCAAAGGUCAACGGCUUGUUUUAUGAAGUACACUGAUGACAACCGUCGCUCCCGUUUUUGUGAUUUCUUGCCGCCAGUUUUAAGAUGUUGUGAAAUAUUUUUAUACCAUUCAGAAGGAGGCAAAAGUGAGUACAGAGGGAAAGUGUCGAUGAAACGGCAACAUCACAGUUCCACGUUUUAUCACGGUUGGUAUGUCACGUAUGGGGGAGGGGGGCAUGAAAUUCUGUGCGACAGCUGUGCCAACCGGUCGUCCAGCUGUUGUGUUAGUAGGUUUUUAACCAGUUGUAGGUCGGCAAGUGCAAGCUGAAUGCAGGAAGAUCAACUCGAGGGAGGAAAGAUUGAAUUCAGGGCAAAAAAUUAUGGAAGACUGCUGACUGGACUAUAUUUCCAUCUUGUUGACUAUAAUUUUCUUGAUCACACCAUCGAAAAGCUGCUGCAAAAUAAUUAUAACACUUCAAGAUGGUGGUGGAAAUUGAGAACUUCUACGGCGUGUAUCUGCUGUACUGCACCAACCCCAAGUACAAGGGCCGGACGUACAUCGGCUUCACGAACGACCCGAAGCGGCGCAUCAAGCAGCACAACACGGGCACAAAGGCAGGGGGAGCCCGGAGGACGUCCGGCAAAGGGCCCUGGGAGAUGGUACUGAUCAUCCAUGGGUUCCCCAACAACAUCUCGGCACUGAGGUUUGAAUGGGCGUGGCAGCAUCCUGACAAAUCCCGCAGACUGAGACACCUUCCAAAGAAGUCCAGCAGAGAGACAGCUUUUCAGCACAAGUUUCGCCUGGUGUCCAACAUGUUACGAGUGGGUCCCUGGUGUAAGCUGCCGCUCACCGUCAGAUGGUUAAAGCAAGAAUACAUGCUGGAAUUUGAUCCCCUCCUGCAACCACCCAACCACAUGCCUAUAGCCUAUGGACCUGUUCAGAGCAAGAAGCUGAAAAAGAACAAGGUCAAGUCUGUUGCCAAGGAGACACAGAGCAGCCAAGAUGAUGAUGAUGAAGAUGAUUUUGUACAUCUGUCUCAAGGCAGAGUUACCAGAUGUGGUGUCUGUGUGAAGAGACUACAGGACUUUGACAGUCAGGUGUCAUGUGUGCACCCCAGCUGUAGCAUGAAGGCCCACCUUACCUGUUUGGCCAGGCACUUCCUCAGGAGAGCAGAGGACAGCUUGUUGCCUGUGGAGGGGACCUGCCCAAAGUGCAAGGUUAGUCUACUGUGGGGAGAAGUCAUCAGGCAGAAGUUAGGAUGCCAGGAUGUACCACCAGAUCCUGAUGAUCAAGCAUCACAGUAGUCAGAUGAAGUAUGAGGGACCUUAUAUAUGGACCAUCAUGGACGGUACACUGUCAUUGGGAAGAAUGAUGGCACCAGUCACUGGACAUCUUUCAAUGGUCUUGUUGCAUUUGUAGAAAGAAUAUUUAGAUUUGGUCAUAUAUUUGUAACAAAAGCUUGUAUAUUGUGGAGAAUGGUAAGGCCCUGUUUGUAUGACCUGUACAUCUAUACUAGUAUUUAGGUUUUUACUGUACUGUUGUCUAUUUUCAUGGUGUUAGUAUAAAAUCUGUCUUAAAUCUGAUAACCUAAAUUUUAGAAUCGUGAUUGAUUUGAAAUAUCCUAUUUAAAGCAGUUUUAUACAGAAAUGUUAAUCAAUUUAAGUUGUAAAUAUAUGUUCUAAGUUGAAAAACUACUGGUAUAUAUUUUAGAACUUAGAAAGUGCUAGUAACUUACUAGUUUGCUUAUUUCUAUUACAAUAUUUAUGAAAUUAUCACCAAUUGAUUCUUGACAGCCAACAUAGUGUUUUUAACGUUUGUAUUUAUUUCAACAAUAAAGUUCUGGACCGCAACAGAGUAAGAUUUUUUUCUUUUGUAUCAUGUCCACAAUAGUGUUCUUCACAGGUCUCCUCUGGAAAUAACGCUGGCUAAUAUACAAUAGGUAAACAUGAAACUCCCUCAGCUGAAGAUUGGUGUUCAAAAAUGCAGUUGAUGUACAUAUGUAUAACCUAUUGUGUGGGUUAUUCCACUUAUCAUAUGCAAGAUGGAAUAGAAAAAUCUACUAUUUCUCUUUCAUACAAAAACAGUGCAAGCAGUGGUACAUUUGUAAUACAUUUUAUGAUGUUAUACAGGCCAUUCUUCAACUGUAACAUCAAGCAUUGUUGUUAAGUAACAGUUAACAAAUACGGGAUACAGAAUAAAAGGCUUGUAACAAUGAACUACGAAAGACUAUCCAGGGAUAAAAGUGCAGUUGUGGCAUCUCAACUACUGUUGACGAUUACAACAUGCACUACAGAACAGAACAGAACUGACUACUUGGUAACUAUUGUUGGCAGCAGUCGUGCAGUGGUGAAAAAUACAGAAAUCCCAUCUGGAGGAACCAGUUCUAAUCAAAUAACAGCUGCUUCACUGCUGCAAGCUCUAUAUGCAGUUUGUUCUAAUCAUAUGUAUGUAAUCAUAAGUAAUAUAUUCCACAUGGCAACUGCUGUGGACACAAAUAUGCACAUUCUACUGGUCAGUACAUACUCCUGUAUAUAAGUUGACUGUUGUAACUUAAAUGUUCCUGAAAAUAUUGUAUCCAGGUCUGGCAUUUUCAAGUCCAUGAGCUUGAUUGCAUGAAUCUGAUUGUAUUUCUGUAGUCUUGCUGUGGCAAGGGGGUUGAAUAUCUGUACUGCAUACGAUCCGGAAAGGCUCCAAAAGUUCUGACGGCAGAGUUGUUCACCAGUCUACAGCUGAGGGUGAUGUCAUGUCCACAGGGGGCGGGAGGGGGGGCUUGGUACUUUU